AGAAGUUGGAGGUUGCACCACCAUCUCCAGGACAACUGAAACAUGUGUUCUUCCACAAUGCAUUACCUUUUGUAGGGUUUGGAUUUUUGGAUAACGCAAUUAUGAUUGCUGCGGGAACUCAAAUAGAGUUGUCAAUUGGAGUUGUCCUAGGAAUUUCAACUAUGGCAGCUGCUGCUUUGGGAAACCUUGUUUCAGAUUUAGCUGGACUGGGUCUUGCAGGUUAUGUAGAAGCUUUAGCUUCACGACUGGGUCUGUCAAUCCCUGAUCUGACACCCAAACAAGCUGAUAUGUGGCAAACACGUCUCAGUGCACACUUGGGUAAAGCUAUUGGAGUGACCAUUGGCUGCAUUUUAGGAAUGUUUCCUUUGUUGUUCUUUGGCGAUGAGGAAGAAAAACUGGAAGAAAAAAAUUAACCUUUUUACAAGACAUAUACAGAUGUAAACUACUGUACCUCAAUUAUUCAAUUAUGCUGUCGAUAUUUAGGAAUUAACAGACAGUAAAAAAUGUAUAGACUUGGGAACAAAACCUUCAGCAUGUUGUUUUAUGGAAACACUAAUUUAUUGUGGCUUUGUUGUGUUCAGUACUUCUUUUUCUAAGAUAUCAUCUAACUUUUUAUUUAAUUGUAAAUUUUUGAAGUGUUUUCACUUAUGGCAACUGAUGUUUACCACUUUUCCCCUUUGAGCUUAUUCUUGAAUGGAUUAUUACUUUAAUAAUCCACCAUGGAUGACAGUAUCACUCUUGAGUUGCGUAUUGGUUGCUUAACAGUUGUAAUUGCAUGACAAAAAUUUCACUGCUGUUCAUCAGGUCCUUCAAUGCAGAUUAUGAAGGAGGUCAGUGAUGAGUGCUUUGCAGUCCCUCACUUUGCAAGAUGACUGGUUGCCCCUCACCAGCCAUUGUUUUGCACAUGCCUUUCAAUCAUCUACGACAGUCUAGUUUGCAUUUUUUUCUGACUAAGUGUCUCUGAAUUGUCUUCUGAGAUGAUAAUUUUAAUGCUUUGACAAGGUAAGUGUUUCCAG